AUGAAGUGUUUCCCAAUUAUUUUAUUACUAGGAGUAAUCGGUUAUUUGCUAAACAGUGUAUAUUAUACAUGGCUACCAACUAAUUACAUAUUUGAUGUAAACACAUUGAAUCAAAUUUGUAAUACUGUUAUUGCCAAGCACAACGCUACAACUAAUGAAGAAACUUUCUCUACAGAUGCUUUAUUAAGUGAUCUUAGAGACGCUUUAGCAUCUCAUUAUGGUGAAGAAUAUAUUAAUAAAUACGUUCCUGAAGAUUGGGUAUUUAACAAUGCGGGUGGUGCCAUGGGUCAAAUGAUUAUUUUACAUGCUUCAAUUACUGAAUAUGUGAUAUUUUUCGGUACUGCCGUUGGUACUGAAGGUCAUACAGGUGUUCAUUUUGCUGAUGAUUAUUUCACAAUCUUACAUGGUGAACAAUAUGCUGCUUUCCCAAAUGCUUUAACUCCAGAAAUUUACACUCCUGGUAUGACUCAUCAUUUACCAAAGGGGUGGUCUAAACAGUACGCUAUGCCAAGUGGUUCUUUCGCCUUGGAAUUGGCUCAAGGUUGGAUCCCAUGUAUGUUACCUUUCGGUUUCUUAGAUACUUUCUCAAGUACUUUGGAUCUUUACACUUUAGGUAAGACAGUUUAUUUAACUGCAAAGGAUAUGGGUAAGAAUUUAAUUCAAAAUGGGAAAUUUUAA